CAAACGCGCUUUUUCUGUAAAUGCUAUUACUUUUUUGUUUUUUUAUCUGUGCAAUCAUUACCCAUGUGAUUCACGUUUCAUUUUACAGAAUUCACCACCAAAAGAAAAAAAGAAAUUGCAGCUUUGUGAGCUAGAUCUGUGGUUUCAUUGCCGUAUCCUCCAUCUUCAACGCUUAGUCCAAUUAGUUUUCCAAUUUCGAAGUAGUGCUUCAAGCUUGUAACUCACAGUCACACACUUCAAUUAAGAAAUCACACUGCCCAAAUAUGACAUUCUAAGGUGUAAGAAGCGUUCUUACCUUGCUUGUAGUUACUGCUGAGAACCAUGUCAAGUAGCAAUUCUCUCGAACGAGAAAUAUCAGAGCAUACUGAAUUAUUAGAUGAAAAUAGCAGCAAUACCUCUAGUAAAGAGACAUAUAAUGCUACCAACGAUUUGCGAGUUGCUGUCACUACUUAUGCCUCUGCUUUUAGAUUCAUUAAUUACGUGAAAAAAAGGAGCUACGAAGAAAUUGUGUGUUCUUCCAAUGACACUGUCGUUGAUUUUGGAAAGUUUGGGAUUAGUAAAGAGGCUCUCAACAAACUCAUUGAAGACAAAGAUCGUGCCCGUCUUGAAGAUUUAGGAGGUGUUGAUGGUAUAGCUAGAGCUCUCAGAAGUGAUUUACUCAAUGGAAUUCAUGACGUGGAAGAAGACAUUGCUCUUAGACGUGAAGUUUUCUGUGUUAACACUCCUGAGAAUCCACCUAGAAAAACUUUCCUCCAAUUUUUGUGGCGAGCCUUGCUAAAAUUCAAAAUCCUUAUUCUCAUAAUUUGUGGCUCAGCCUCUCUUGGUUUAGGAAUUAAAGUAGACGGGCCGAAAGAAGGUUCGAAAGAGGGUGCAAGUAUAAUGGUCGGAGUUUUUGUGGCUGUUAUAUUUAUUGCCAUUAGCGAUUAUUGGCAUGGCAAAGUAUUCCAGAAGUUACUAGAGGAUGGUUAUAAAAUUAUUAUUGAAGUUGUGAGAGGUGGAAGUCGCCAGAAAAUUGCAGUAGCUGACAUUGUAGUUGGAGAUGUUGUUCGUUUAAGUUAUGGGGAUAAAGUUCCAGCCAAUGGAUUGUUAAUAGAGCAGCCUUCUUUAAAAUUAGAGGGCCGCAGAACUAACUGCUCCAAAGAAGAUAAGGGUGACCCUGUGGAGUUGGAUGUGAUAAAUAAUGACAUCUUUAUGUUUUCUGGCACUAAAGUAGUUGAUGGUUCUGCUUGGAUGCUUGUUACUUCAGUUGGCAUGAAUGCAAGGCGGAAACAAAAAGAAAAUAUCAUCCACCACAAAUCGACAGAAACACCAUCUUUAGAAGCUGGACUCGAAGGUCUGGAUUCAGCAACAGAUUGGAUUGGUUAUAUAUUGACUAUUGUAGGUUUUAUAUUUGCUGUUUCCGGAGGUUUAUCCUUUACAACCACGGACGAGAACGGACUCGAAAAACAAGCGACCGGUAUGGCCCAAGCAAAUCAAAUAGUGGGCAUUGUGGUGACAUUAAUAACAUCUGCAGUGAAUAUUACAGAUCCUUUGCGACUCACACUGACACUUACUCGUGCUUAUGCAAUGAAGAAAUUGAAGGCUCGAAAUGUAAUGGUGCGUAAGCUCUCUGCUUUAGAGACUAUGAGCUUUGUCGACACUAUUUGUAUUAACAAAACAACAAUUAAUCAGAUGAAGGUCACAGAGUUUUUGCUAGGCAACGAUUUCAUGGUUCAAGAUAUGUACUCAUCAAUUACUCUGGAAGUUAGAAGACUAUUACAAGAAGGAAUUGCUCUUAAUAUUCUCUCAAUCAGUCCAAUAGAAAAAGCAAUUAACUCGUGGGCUUUGGAAAAUUUGGAAAUGGAUAGAGAGAAUAUAAAGACAAAUUUUAACAUUAAUCAAAUUGAGGCCUUCACUCCAGAGAAGAAAGAAAAUUGGAUCCUUGCAAAGAGAAAGGCAGAUAAUAAGACAAUCCAAGUACACUUGAAUGGAGCAGCACAAUUAAUUUUACAAGUGUGUUCUUGGUACUAUGAUGCUUCUGGAAAUGUUAACAAAAUUGAUCACGAUCUAAAAUUGAAACUAGAGCAAAAUAUUCGUAGUAUGGCUGCCAAAAAGCUUAAGUGCAUUGCUUUUGCACAUAAAGAAGUUCAAGAUGAUGCCAAAGCAAAUGUGUUAAAAGAUGAUAUGAUCCUAUUAGGAAUUGUGGGUAUUGAAGAUCGAUGUCGUCCUCAGUUGAAGAAUGAGGUGAAAGAUUUGCAUAAUGCUGGAGUAAAACUCAUAAUGAUCACUGGUGACAAUAUUUGCAGUGCAAAAGAUAUAGCCGAACAGUGUGGAAUACUUGAACAUCAUAGUGGAGAAGUUGUAGAAGCUGCCCAGUUUAGAAACUUCACUCUAGAAGAGAGAAAGGAGAAAGUUAAUAAGAUUUGUGUCAUGGCAAACUCAUCUCCAGAGGAUAAACGCUUAAUGGUUGAAUGUUUGAAAGGUAAUGGUAACGUGGUUGGAGUUGUUGUGCAUGGUACAAAUGAUUCAUCUGCAAUGAAAGAAGCUCAUAUCGGAAUCUACAUGGGGAAAGAAGGCACUGCAAUCAUCGAGGAACACUCUAACAUUGUCAUAUCAGAUGGCAAUUUUCCCUCUAUCAUUAUGCUUUUGAAGUGGGGAAGAUGUGUUUACUGCAACAUACAAAAAUUUAUUCAAUUCCAGCUAAUUGUAAGUUUUGCUGCUCUUUUAUCUAACAAUGUUGGACUGGUUCUACUCCAAAAGGUCACACUAUCAACUAUACAACUGCUGUGGGUGGGAUUGAUUACCGAUACACUUGCUUGUCUUGCAUUUGCCAAUGAAAAGCCUACAGAAGAACUCAUUAAGAAGCCACCCGUGCACACCGAAGAUCCCCUUGUCACCAACAUCAUGUUGAGAAACAUCUUGCCACAAGCUUUGUUUCAAACAAUUGUCCUCUUUCACAUGCCAGAAUCGAAUGGGUAUGAUUAUCAGGUAGGUGUUACCUUUAUUUUCAAUUUGUACGUGUUUUGUCAAGUCUUUAAUCAGAUCAACGCAAGGAAGCUAGAAACAAAGAAUGUCUUUGAAAAGAUUCUAGCGAACAAAUUCUUUUUGGGGACUGCUGUGUUUAUAAUUGUACUUCAAAUAUUAUUAGUGGAGAUUCUAAAGCUCAUUGCAGACACAACGAAGUUAAAUUGGCUACAAUGGAGUUCAUGUAUUGGCAUUGCAUUCUCAACUUUGCCAAUCGGUUUGAUCGUCAGGUACAUUCCUGUCCCUAGAACACAAGUAAUGAAUUACCUCUUGGUUGGACGAAUAAUUGAAAGGUUCAGACUCAAAAAAUUGGUUUAUCUGGUAAGAUGGGCAUCUCUUGUUCUGCUUCCCAUUCGUAGAAAUCAGAAUGCCACAACUGAUCGCCAUGGAGAAUGACCUUCUCUUAAUUAGACAAGCAUUAUUUUUGGUUGUUUCUUCUUUCUUUUGUCGAAGUUUUUGUUUUCUUGUGUCUUAGAUCUCUACUCUUGGCAUUUAGUGUUACUUCCAAAUAUAUUUUGAUAAACAGUGUGCUACUUUAUUUGAAUUUUAUUUGAAUUUUAUUUGAAUUAUAGCUUUAUAUAUAAUAAAUGCCUAAUAGACGGAAAUUUGUUGUUUUUAA